UGGCAUGAGCUUGCAGGGCGGCAGCACCAGCAUUGGCACUCGCGAGGGCAGCGGCGGGAUGAACUCGAUGAGUUGCGGCAACGGGAAACUCCGCCAGUGGCUGAUCGAGCAGAUUGACAGCAACAAGUACCCGGGCCUGGUGUGGGAGAACGAGGAGAAGAGCAUCUUUCGCAUCCCUUGGAAGCACGCAGGCAAACAGGACUACAACCGCGACGAGGACGCGGCUCUCUUCAAGGCUUGGGCUCUAUUUAAAGGAAAGUUCAGAGAGGGCAUCGAUAAGCCAGAUCCUCCCACUUGGAAGACGAGACUGCGCUGUGCUUUAAACAAGAGCAAUGACUUUGAAGAACUGGUUGAAAGAAGCCAGUUGGAUAUAUCUGAUCCAUAUAAAGUGUACCGAAUAGUACCAGAAGGAGCAAAAAAAGGAGUAAACAAGCACAGUUUGGAGGAUUCACAGAUGAUCAUGAAUAAUCCCUACACCGUGAACUCAACCUCAUACCCUUCACUACAAUCUCCGGUACCAAGCUAUAGGGUCCCUCCUGACCUUAACUGGAGAGAGUAUAUACCAGAUCCAUCACACCCUGAGAUUUCCUACCAGUGUACUAGUGCUUCUUUUGCACCUCGCAGUCAUCACUGGCAAGGGCCAGCAUGUCAGAAUGGUUGUCAAGUAACUGGAACCUUUUAUGCUUGUCCACCACCUGAGUCACAGACUCCGGGGAUCCCAAUAGAGCCAAGUAUAAGGUCUGGUGAGGCUGUUGCAUUUUCAGAUUGUCGGCUGCAUAUCUGUCUAUACUACAGUGAAACUCUAGUUAAAGAAGUCACAACUUCAAGUCCUGAGGGCUGUAGGAUAUCUCAUGGACAAAGUUAUGAGGUCAGCGGUCUUGAACAAAUUCUGUUCCCUUACCCAGAAGAUCAUGGUCAAAGGAAAACAACUGAAAAAUUGCUCAGCCAUUUGGAAAGGGGAGUAAUACUCUGGAUGACGCCUGACGGGCUCUAUGCUAAGAGACUUUGUCAAAGCAGGAUAUAUUGGGAUGGGCCUCUGGCAUUUUGCACCGACAGGCCUAACAAACUGGAAAGAGAGCAGAGUUGCAAACUUUUUGAUACUCAGCAAUUUUUAUCAGAAUUACAAGUAUUUGCCCACCAUGGCCGACCAUUGCCAAGAUUCCAGAUUGUAUUGUGUUUUGGAGAGGAAUUUCCAGAUCUACAAAGACAAAGAAAACAAAUUACAGCUCGUGUUGAGCCUGUAUUUGCAAGGCAGCUGUACUAUUUUGCCCAGCAAAACAGCGGACAUGUUCUGAGAGGCUAUGAUGUGUCAGAACAAAUGACCAGUUCAGAGGAUUACCACAGAUCUCUUCACCAUUCCUCUGUUCAAGAAUAAGUGUGUGAAAACUGGUGCCUUUUGAAGCUUAGAAGAACCACUGGAUCAUAAGUGAAAGAUAAGAACCAGUGCUUGGAUUAUCCCUGGAAACCAAACAAAGCAAGCUCAAGAAAUGGAUACGGGCGAGCCUAAAAAUGUAGAACAAUGGACAUGGGAUUUCCCCCACCCUCUUUUGGAUUGCAGCGCCCCUCAGAUUCUACUGCUGGAGUUGAGUGUGAAAACUGACAAAACGUACAACAUGUUUACAUGUGCUUAAAUGAAAAUGGUGUCUUGUAGACUACUUGAACUUAGCCUUCAAGCUAUUUAUUUGAUGAGAAAUCUCAGGGCCGGAGUUCCUAGGCUGGAACAACAGUUCCGUGGUGCAAGGAUAUCCCAAGAAAUGAAGGUUAUAAAUGGACAUGGAAUUAGCAUACAUCACUUCAAAAUAUUUUUAAGCCUUCUGUAUUCCCCAGAUAGUGUUGCAAUGUACUUUUUUUUAAAAAAAGGAGGAUAACAUUUUCCUCAUAAUUUUAAUGUAUAUUGUUGCUAUUGCUGCUCUUUAGAAAAUGUGCAUGGUUACUAA